AUGUCGCAACUAUCAUUCAAGGACAAGGUUGUUAUUGUUACUGGUGCAGGUGGUGGAUUAGGAAUGCACUACGCUUUGGAGUUUGCCAAAAGAGGUGCCAAGGUGGUGGUGAAUGAUUUGGCAAAUGCAGGCGCUGUAGUGGAGCAAAUCAGAUCACAAGGUGGGAUUGCCGUCGCUGAUUCCAACAAUGUCAUCGACGGUGAUAAGAUUGUCAGCACUGCUAUUGAAAACUUCGGAACUGUGCACAUUAUAGUCAAUAAUGCAGGGAUUCUCAGAGACACUUCGUUUACCAAAAUGACAGAGAAACAGUUCAGACAGGUUCUUGAGGUGCACUUAUAUGGGGCUUACCAUAUCUGUAAAGCGGCCUGGCCAAUCUUCAGGAAACAAAAUUUCGGGAGAAUUAUCAAUGUGGCGUCUCCCGCCGGUCUUUAUGGUAACUUCGGCCAAGCUAACUAUGCUGCUGCUAAAAUGGCACUUAUUGGUCUUACUGAAACAUUGGCAAAAGAGGGGUACAAAUACAACAUUCUUGUCAAUGCCAUUGCCCCUACAGCAAGAUCAAAAAUGACAGAGAAUAUCAUGCCACCAGAAAUGUUAAAGAAGCUUGGUCCUGAGUAUGUUACUCCGCUUGUGGUUUAUUUAUCCCAUGAUUCCGUUGGUAAUCAGGAUACUGGUAAGACUUUUGAAUUGGCUGGUGGGUUCUAUGCCAACACCAGAUGGGAAAGGUCAUCUGGUGAGCUUUUCUACCCAGACGAGUCUCUCACGGCGGAGGCGCUUUUGAACAAGAUGGACUCAAUCCGAGACUUUGAACAUGAUAAAUCGUUUAAACCCCUCGAACAUCCAAGCCAACCUGCUGAUUAUACCCAUUUAGUCAAAGAAGCCAAGAAAUUACCAUCUCCUAAUUCUCAAGGUAGUAAGAAAGUCUCUCUCAAGGAUAAGGUGGUGUUGAUUACUGGCGCUGGUGCAGGCUUGGGGCGUGCCCAUGCUUUAUGCCUCGCUAAGUAUGGUGCAAAGGUGGUUGUUAAUGAUAUCAUGAACCCUCAUGAUGUUGUUGCAGAAAUCAACAAAGCUGGUGGCGAUGCCCAUCCAGAUAAACACAACGCGGCCACCGAUGCUGAAGCUAUUAUCAAAAAUGUCAUUGAUAAGUAUGGUAGAAUCGAUGCGUUAAUUAACAAUGCUGGGAUUCUUAGAGAUAAGUCAUUCAUGAAGAUGACUGAAAAAAUGUGGGUCGAUGUUUUGGAAGUGCACUUAUUGGGGACCUUUAAAUUGUGUAAAGCUGUUUGGCCAAUAUUGAAAAAACAAAAGCACGGGAACAUUGUCAAUAUCACCUCCACUUCUGGGAUUUAUGGUAGCUUUGGUCAAGCAAAUUAUUCAGCAGCUAAAAUGGGUAUUCUUGGGUUGUCUCAAGUCUUGGCAAUCGAAGGGAAAAAGUAUGGCAUCAAGGUUAAUAUAGUUGCCCCUCACGCUGAAACUGCGAUGACUAAAACCAUAUUCACCGAAAAGGAUUAUGAUUUGUUCCCGCCAGAAUUGGUUUCCCCAUUAUUGGCGUUAUUAUCCUCCGAGGACGCCCCAGGAGCUGGCCAACUAUUUGAAAUUGGUGGCGGUUGGUGUGGUGCUACCCGUUUACAAACCGCAAAAGGUGCAGUUACCCAUGGUGAGGUUAGUGCUGAAUUUAUUCGUGAUAACUGGAAAGAUAUCAAUGAUUUUGGUGAAGGAGCCGUUCAUAAUGCCACUAUUAGUGAUUCCCUCAUGAACAUUUUGAACAAGCUUAGUGGCGGUGAUGCUCCUGAGGAAGAUGACGAAGAAGAAGAAGACGAUGAUGUUGAGCAAGUCGAGAAAGAUGAAGUUGAUGCUAAGGGUAAUCCGAUAUUCAAAUACACCAACCGUGAUGUUAUUAUUUACAAUGUUGGCGUUGGUGCUCAUGCUUCCGAGCUUCAAUAUGUAUAUGAAAAUGACCCUCAAUUCCAAGUGAUUCCAAGUUUUGGUACAGUUAUUUCUCAGAAUAUCAAACAAUUUCCAUUGGAUUUUGCUAAAUUAAUGACCAAUUUUAGUCCAGUGAUGUUGUUGCAUGGCGAGCAGUACAUUAGAGUCGAAGAAUGGCCAAUUCCAACUGCAGCAACAGUUGCUACGGAAGUUUUCCCGGUUGCAAUCCAAGACAAGGGUAAGAAGGCCGCGUUGUUGGUCACUGGUUCCCGUACCUAUGAUAUAUCUACUGGAAAAACAAUAUUUUACAAUGAAAUGACUACUUUCAACCGUGGCGCUCAGGCUCGUGGUGGCUCCAAAUUGUUUAAAGAGCGUGCUUCAUUGGCGACAAAGAACUUCAAGAUCCCAUCGAAUUGUCGCCCAGAUUUUGUCACCGAAGUUCAAACCAGCCUGGAUCAGGCGUCUUUGUAUCGUCUUUCUGGCGAUUACAACCCAUUACAUAUCGAUCCUGUGUUUGCUAAAAACGCAAAGUUCCCUAAUCCAAUUUUGCAUGGCUUGGGGUACCUCGGAGUCUCUGUUAAAUCACUUUUGGAGCACUAUGGUCCAAUUAAAGAAAUUAAGGCUAGAUUUAGUGGUAGUGUGUUCCCAGGUGACACGCUAAGAAUCAAAGGAUGGAGAAAAGGAGAUGUAGUCAUCUUUGAAACUUAUGAUAUGAACACUAAGAAUGUGGUGAUUAGCAGUGCCGCCAUCAAAUUAUUCAGUAGUGGCAAGUUAUGA